UGUCGGCUGUCAAACUUGUUAUCGGCAAACACCGGAAAAACACUCUUCCAUGCAGCCGGUAACAUUACCUGUGUCGAGAUCACACAGGAUCUUGUGGGUACCUCAGCCCCGACUGCGCCUCUCAUAAAAACUCCGCUCGAUGAGCGGCUCGAGAUCUAGAACUGACGUAACUUAAACCGGAACAAGUUGAAUUGAAAGAUUCAUGGUUGGAGGUUGCUCAUACACCUACCGCUGCAAUCGACAUGGCCCGCCGCAAACGCAACUCAUCUGCGGAUGAGAGACCAACGGUGAACGAGUUGCGUGCAAAGAUGGACAAGCGCCCGGUAGAGGCAAAUGCGCUAACAAACGACCCAGCUCAGGCAACUCAGAAGAUGGACAUGCAACUUGCAAAGUGCAGGCUGGGUGUGGCAUAUAUUGAUAUUCUCAAGAUCCGGAAUCCACUGCUGUUUGGCAAAUACAACGACCGUCCACGGGUCGAGAGGGAGGUGAACAAGCUCAUCACAUCCUUCAAGAAAGAAGGAAUCCUUGCGAUGCGAGAAGAUACUGCCAUACCGAUUAUGCUGUCAAGCACACGCCUGGCGAGUGACUUGCACCUUGCACUCAACUUCAACGAGGAGGAGGAGGUGCCGCAUCUGCAAUUGAAGGAUGCGCAAGCUAUUGUGGUAGCAUCCGGUCAACAUCGAGUGGCUGCACUCAAGAAAUACUCAACGAACGUCAUGGAUGGGAUUGCCUCUAUUGAGAUACGCCGCCACAAGAUCAGUGAGAUGAAGAAACCGACUGAGGAGCACAUCGCCGAGUAUAAUAGCCUUCGCAACGAGCUUGCUGAGCUGCAAGGUGCAAUGAUUCUAAUGGGCAAGUGGGGAAUAGUUGUAUAUGAUGAAGACGCGAUCUUAGCGCAUGGCGACGACUUGGCAAACCACUUGUGCCGAAACAAGUCACUUCAUGAGUACAAGGAAACGACCGAGGAGGUGUUGACCGGUAUAUUGCGGUCGGUGAAGGCAGCAUACAAGAAUGCACCAGAGGAGGAGCGGGUUGCGGCAGCACAGGGCGAACUGCAGCUUCAGCGCGACAAUACCGAGAGGCAGAAAAACACGCGGUUGACCAAAGUCCUCAGCUAUGAGAAGCUCGUGCUGACGCUUGCCAUCGAUCUCCUGCCAUUAGGAUCGCACUUCCGCCGUCGCAAAGAGUUCUAUAUUGCCUGGCUGGCUCAAUCGAUCGAUGUUGUGAUGGGGAUGUUUGUCCAAUUUAUUCAGUUUCACAGUCACAUCCUACACCUGCUCGCAUCCAACGACAUCUUCCCAGACUAUGCGACAGUGAGUAAAACAAUCGCAGCCGCAUACGAUGAAGGGUCAGAUCCUCACGAGGCUGUCACGCAACUGGAGAAGUGGCGUCAGAUGAUCUACGAUAGCACGGUGAACCCAGAUUACACCACUUUCAAUGAUGUCUUCGACGACAUCUCCACUCAUGCUAGUGAGCAGUUCCAAAACGUACCUCUAAAGGAUAUUGGGACCAAGGCCCCCAACUACACCACCAGCCUGGACAACUACUCCAACUACCUAGUCAGAAAGCUGCGCUCCAAAUGGCACCUAUCAAGAACCAAACCAUCGCAAUGGAAUACUAUUUCCCAGUUUCAUGACAGGGUGACGGCAAGAAUCGCGGUGUGGCUGACGCCUGAAGAUGGCGUACAGGAGGCACCUUUUCCACUACUAUGCGGACACAUCCUCGACAUUGCGUGGUCCAUUUUGACAUCCAACAGUGCUGCAUUUGAGGAGGUCAGCGGAUGGUUUGAGCCUCUGUUGUUGCACUAUCGCACGCUUCAUCGUCACAGCCAUCUGAUGGAUGACAAGACGGAGGUCAUGUUCACAAACCUCCGCAACGACCCGAGAGUGGUUGAAUCUGAUAGAAUUGAGGAGGUGGUGUUUACCUGCUUAUGGGCACUCCGCACGACAAUGGUUCUGCGCCUCCAGAACAAGCUGACCACAAUAAUCGCUCGCAGUCAGCACGGCAAGCCUUUCAAGGACAGAAAGGAGGUCGAUGAAAAAUUCGAGAGGUUAGGAUCUGGUGGCAAGGGUGACCUGAAGAAGUUGCGGGAAGUGAUGUCAUUCAGAAAGGGGCGGGGGAGGGACCUCAUGACUGAGUCGCAGGUGAUUCCUGGGAUACUUGCCCUGCACGUCACGAGCUGGGACUGGAACAACUGCGCGUCAAAGAACAGCAAACGGGACGUGGAUCCAUUUAUCAAGGCAAUAUUGCUUGACCUUGGCAGAGACCGCACCAGGCGAGAGGAUCUCUUCAAUGAUCCGCUGAUUGCUGGCCUCCGGAAAAUGCUGGAGGAUGUGAUUGCAAAGCGCACGAAAGCUAUCAAUAUGACUGGAAAAGGUGGAAGGACAAUUAAGCGGACGAGGUGGUUAUGGUACGAUGGUGCUGAAAUUCCGUCGGAUGUCACCCCAACUACAACAGCCACACUAACGGAUGACGUCCAUGUCGUGGACGCACGUAUCCAACGUCGCCAUGAAUUGGAGGGACAUGACCGGGCUGCUAUUGUCAAGCUGAUCUCGUACGUCAAGCACAUGGCAAGUGCGAAGGCAACCUCCUCGACCCACAGUCCGAUGGCAGCGAACGUUGUUCGAGGUCUGCAGAAUUUGAUACAUGAACUGGAGAUCAAUUCUACCCGUCUGCGCAUACGAUCACUGGAGGGUGACGACAGUAUAUUAUACAACACUAAGGAUACCAUUGAUCUUAUGAUUCCAGCCAUACGCGGCGUAGAAGAUAAAAACACGAUUCAGGAUGAACAAGAGGAUGAGCAGGCCCUGCUACCCGCCUCUACAGUUCCUGUGGCGAUGCAGACGCACAAGCCACGGCCUCAGAUAUCGACAAAUUGCGAUAAUCAGGCUAACCUGCCCAAGUCAGUAAAAUCACAGCGGCCACAACCAGGGCCCAUUGUCCAUGCUGAACCACCCGAUCUGAGCGUUGUUGACUCCACGCCCGCCUCACAUACUAGUACACUGGAUAAAACCAGGACCCCGCAAGCUAAGAAUAAAGGCAAGGCACCGGUAGGUACGGGGAUUGCAGACCCUGUUGGUGAGCGGGGUGAAAGCGAUGGAUCCGACGACGAAAUGGUGAUGGGCGCGGCUGUCAGCAGUGAGCCUAACUCGGGUGCAGAAGACAGUGGGCGUGGUGGCGACGCUGCAGCUGCGAUGGCGUCAAGUGAAGGCACCCGUAUCAAUAUCGACCGGAGACACGCAAGUUCAGACAUGGAAGACCCUAGUAUUUCUGUUGGAGAUCUGGGGGUCGAUACCACAGGCACAUCUACUGGCGCCCACAUAAUCAAGGCGACUGUCCCAUCUGUCCACGACGGUUGUAUGUCCAUUUAUCAUUAGACAUUGGUUACGACUUUAAGAUGCAUUCACCAGCUCUAACCACAUUGGUCCCUAAGACAUCACGCGCUGCAAUUCAUGGUAGACAACCCGCCCCAAAGUCAACUACACAUGUGACUGCGAACAACAUCUCGAAGCGUCCUAGAGCUUCAACAGCGAAUUCCCCAGGUCAUGCAAAGAAGAAGGCUCGCAGCGCUUAUACCGAUGGUAAUGAUCUUAAUUCUGAUGAUUUCGUCGUUGUGAAAGCAACUAUGUAACUUUGUUAGCUCAUUGUGUGAAAAAAUUCAGUAGACUAUAAAAUCGGAUCUCCCGAGUCCCGUUUAAGGGAAAAUUGGUCAUAACCC